AUGAAUUUUGGCUGGGAACAUUACAAUAGAGACCCACGUUAUCGCCCACCAGGAAACUCUCCACCAAUGAAUCCGUCACCACACCGAGAGUAUUUUCCACCGAUCUCAGGAAACCAAUAUAACAACUAUCGUAAUGUAUAUAAUAAUAAUAGAUAUCAGGAUGAAAGAGAGCCUGGUUGGGUAAGAGAAAGGAGUCCUCCUCCUUACUCUAGAGAGAGAGAACGUGAAAGAGAUAAUAGACAUCGUGAUAAUAGAGAACGUAAUAGCUCAUAUCGUGGAAACAAUAUACCACCACAAGCUCAUUAUGAUCGAGAUGGUGGUGGUGGUCAACAUAACCCUUAUGAUUAUCAUUUUGAUAAUAAAAGUUAUAUAAAAGUUUCAGAGGCAGAUGAUGAUGAUUAUUUGGAUGAUUUUUCAGAUUUUAAGGACAAAGAUGAUUUAAGCAACAGAAAUUAUUUUCAAAAAGUAAAUGAAAAUCAAAAAGGUGGUUGGACAGGUUGGCGAAGUAUUGAACCUGGUUUUUGUGUAUCAUCAAGCAGAGAUCAGGAAAAUAAUGAAUCAUUAUCAUCUCAAGAUGGUGAUUUUGGUGAUGGUAAUAGUACUGCAGCUGCUGAUUUAUCAGAAAAUAUAAUAGACCAAUCCCAAGAUAUGGAAAUUAGUUCUGGUGAUACUGAUAUGCAACAGCAAUUGUCUUCUCAAAUAAUAGAUAAUCCAAGAACAACAAAUAUGACAGCUAGUUCUGAUCAAUUUAAAUCAAUUGAAGAGUAUGUUAAAACAAGUGAAGGACUUAAUGCUGAUUAUGAUGAUGAUGAAAAUGCUAAAAAUAAUAAAGAAAAUAAUAGUAUAAAUACUGAUUCAAUUGGAAAAGAACAAUUCAAUGUAGAAAAUAAAAUCAUUACAAUUGAUGAAAAUAAAGAACCAAAAGUUUAUGAUGAUAAUAAUGCUUUUGAACAAAGUUUUAAUAAUAAAAACAAUAAAAAUAACAACAACAAUAAUAAUCUGGUAUCAGGUAUUCAACCAAAUAUUAUUCCUGAAAAACAGUUGCAACAAGAAUCAUCAAAGACUUUAUUUUCAUCAACGGUUAAUAAAGUCCCAUCAUCACCAUCAUCUGCACAAUUAAAAGAACAUACUGUUGAAAAUAAUUCUAUUGGUGCACAACUUGAACAUGUGGAAGAUGAGCUCGAUUAUUAUCAAAAUCUUUUGAGCAAAAUUCAAAAGCAGCGCGAAGAAAAAAUGAAACUAAAUAGUAAUAAUCAGAAGACAAUGAUAGAUAAUGAUGAAAAUUUGAAAAUUGUUCAACAAAAUGUUACCAAACCACAAAUGGAAAAAAGUGCAAGGAAUAGAAUUUCAACUAAUAAAGAUUCUGAAACUUUUAAAGAAAAUACCCAUCCUGCUUAUCCUCCAAAUGAAAUAACUUCAUCUAAUAAUAAUACUGAAAAUAUAAAAACUUGUCAUAUUAAAAAAGAAAACCCGGGAACGUCAGAAUCCUCCCAAACAUCUAACGACGAACCUCAAUUAUGGGAGGGUAUUUAUGCUCAAAAUAAAGAAUUUUUGAGGAAAAGAGUUAAUUCUAGAUUUUCUGAAGGCUCAGAUAAUUUGUUGCUAGGACCUGUGAAAUUGUAUAACAAUAUAGAUGAUUAUCCAUUCUUUCAACAAAAUACUGAUAGACAUAGUCAAUUAAAAGCAUUUUAUAUUUCAAAUUGUUCGAUCGAAGAUAAAUCAAAAGAAACAAGCUUACAACAAGAAUGGAAGGCAUUUUUUCAAGCUUGGAAGCAGAAUGUUGAAAAUUCAGUUAGUUCCAAAGGAAAAUUAAAACAAGAUGAUGAUAGUGGGUCUACAGUUGGGUUUGCAGCAAGAUGGCCAGUCAGACAUAACAGGGGAAAACGUAGAGUUGAUGUUAUUAGAUCUGAUGCAGAAAUGCAAGAUAUAUUAAAUCAGUUUGCUGAAGCAGAACGUAUAGCUAAAACAUGGGCAAAAAUACCACCAAUGAUAUUGGGCGAAAAAAGAAGAGAGUAUUCAUGUAUUAUUGACAACAAUUCAUUUGUUUUAGAUCCUGUCACAUUUUAUGAAAUCAAUGUUGAUUUUAAUGCUAAUUGGACAAUUCAAGAAAAAGAAAUUUUCUAUGAACAAUUUAAAUUAUAUCCAAAGAAAUUUGGAAAAAUUGCAGCGGCAAUUGAAAAUAAAUCAUCUAAAAAUUGUGUUUUAUAUUAUUAUCAGAACAAAAAAGCAUUAAAUUUAAAAGAAUUAAUUCCAAAAAAUGGCCGAGGUCAACGGAUGCUUACAGCAAAUAGUGAAAACCCAUUUCAAAACCAACAAGGGUUAGCAAUGGCAGGUCAACCUGACGUUGGUAUUGAUGAAGCAGCACGCAAAAGUAGAUUAAAACAAAAUGAAAUUAUGGAUGGCAGUGGUGGUAACAAGGACGGUGUUGAUGACGGUUCAGGUAAAAAAACAACCACAGGUGAUGGUCGUACUACAACAGGGUUGAAAGAAAAAAAGAUAUCAUCUUACUGGAAUAAAAAAGAAAUAAACCAAUUUGAACAAUCAUUGAAUCUCUAUGGAAGGGAUUUUAAAAGAAUUUCUGAAUUUAUUAAAACCAAAUCUGAAGUUCAGGUUAAAAAUGAAGAAACUUCUAUUGUUAAUCAGAGAGCCACCAAUAUUCAAAAUAACUUUUUGUCACCAACAUCUGAACGAAUAAUGACUACAAAAUUGCCAAAUAUAUUAAAUUUAUCAUCAUCACAUACAUCGUUACAUGCUACGCAAGGACAUCAUAAUGAUUCUGAUCCUUAUAUUUCACAACAACUACAAAAAAAUACAAAUUUGCACAGUAGUAGUACUUCAAGGACAGUUUCAUCAUCAAAUGAAGGAAACAAGCAAAAUAUUCUUUCUCCAAUCUCAUCAUUAACUGCAAAGUUACCACAAUAUAUGACUUCUAAUCAAACAAUUUCUUCACAUCAUCAUACAUCAACACCUCAACCUCAGUCAAUACCUCCAAUACAACAUAUUCAUCAACAAAAAGAUGUGGAUGCACAAAUGGAUGCACAAAGAAGGCAACAGCAGCAGCAAACAUUUUUCCCAUUAAUAACUGGCAUUAUGCCUAGUACAUCAAAUCAACAACAAUCUCAAACCAUUUUUCAACAAGCUCAUCCACAACAUGUAUGGGUUGACCAACCUUCACGAAUGCCUUGUUUCAUGCCACCUCAACAAGCCCAUCAACAGGCACAGGCUCAUCCACAACAAGCACAUCAGCAACCUCAUCAACAGAUGCAUCAAAAUUUGCUGCAACCUCUUCACCAACCACAGGUACACCUUCAACAACAACAACAAACACAUCAUCAACAUCAGCAGCAGCAGCAACACACAACACUUCCUCAACCAACAUCAAGCAACCAACAUCACUUUCUUCAACAACAACAAUUUCAUCAUCAUCAUCCGCAACAGCCGCCACCACCACCAUCAUCACAACAACAACAAAAAAACAACAAGUAUCAUGAGUAUGAUGCAUCUAAAUUGUAUGGUGGUAAUUUUGAUAAUAGAAACUAUAUAAAAGUUUCGGAGGCAAGUAAUAAAGAUAACAAUAUUAUUAUUUCUGAUAAUGAAUUUCCAGGUUUUAAGAAUAAUGAUGAGUUAAGUAACAUAAAUCAUUUUCGAAAAGCAAAUGAAAAUCCAAAAGGUGGUUGGACAGGUUGGCGAAGUAUUGAACCUGGUUUUUGUGUAUCAUCAAGCAGAGAUCAGGAAAAUAAUGAAUCAUUAUCAUCUCAAGAUGGUGAUUUUGGUGAUGGUAAUAGUACUGCAGCUGCUGAUUUAUCAGAAAAUAUAAUAGACCAAUCCCAAGAUAUGGAAAUUAGUUCUGGUGAUACUGAUAUGCAACAGCAAUUGUCUUCUCAAAUAAUAGAUAAUCCAAGAACAACAAAUAUGACAGCUAGUUCUGAUCAAUUUAAAUCAAUUGAAGAAACAAUUCAAUGUAGAAAAUAA